AUGACGAUGAACUGGAAGGACCUCGUGGCCAGCUGUUCCUUCUUCUCCGAAGAGGAACGAGCCCGCCUUGAACAGGAAAUUCAAAAGGAAGGAUAUGACAACAUUGAUGUGCUGAAAGGGUUGACACGAGCAGAGAUUGAAUCGGAUUUGGGGCUCAAAAGAGCACACGCCAUUUUGCUCCACAACGUUCUGUCUCGUCCACUUGUUGCAGUUCUUCCAAUUGAAGCAUGCUCUGAUUGUGACAAGACAUGUGCAUCAUCUGCGCAGCUGAAUCAGCACAAGGACACGGCUCACAAGAAGAAGAAGUCCGCCACAGUGAAUGACGAGGAUGACUCGAAGCCUCCUGCGAAACGUCGUGCUUCUAAGAAAGCCGGUGUGGAUGCGAACGUGGCUGAUUCCAAGCCUCCUGCCAAGCGUCGUAAGAAAGCUGAUGUGGAUGUCGGCGCGGCUGAUUCCAAGGCUCCUGCAACGCGUCGUUCCAAACGUGCCCAAGGCAUGUCCGCAAUGGCACCUUUGGCUGAAUUGGUCCACAACAUUUUGGUCCAGCAGGCCAAAUCCGGCGGAAGCUAUGCCGAAAUCUAG